UGAAUUAACAAUUGGUUAAUUCAAUUUGCUCCAAUUAUUUCCCGAUCGCAGAAGAGCAUUUGUACAAAUCUGCAGUAAACGGAAACGAAAUUCAGUUGAAUUAAUCUUCUUUGUAUCAUAGUCGUCUUCAACAACUGUGCGAUCUUUGAUUCUGUGGAGGAAUUAUCAUUGUCCAUGGCGUCUCUCGGGUCUUCCCAGGUGAUCGGUGGAAACUCUGGUAUAGAGUUCCCGAAGCUUCGUCGCUCUGGAUUUCGGAGUGGAAUUUGCAGGGUUGGAUUCAAGGUUGUUGCUUCCGAGAUGCAAACGGAACCUGAUCUAAGUGUGACUGUAAACGGACUGAAGAUGCCGAAUCCCUUCGUUAUUGGUUCGGGACCGCCUGGUACUAAUUAUACGGUUAUGAAGAGGGCUUUUGAUGAAGGCUGGGGUGCUGUGAUCGCUAAAACGGUAUCAUUGGAUGCUACUAAAGUAAUUAAUGUAACCCCUCGGUAUGCUCGCCUUCGAGCAGGAGCAAAUGGCUCUGCUAAAGGACAAAUUAUUGGGUGGGAAAAUAUAGAGCUAAUCAGUGACCGACCUUUUGAGACUAUGCUUGCAGAGUUUAAGCAAUUGAAAAGAGAAUACCCAGAUAGGAUACUCAUUGCUUCAAUUAUGGAGGAAUACAACAAAUCAGCUUGGGAGGAACUUAUUGAGCGUGUUGAGGAAACUGGAGUUGAUGCCAUUGAAGUUAAUUUUUCAUGUCCUCAUGGUAUGCCAGAGCGGAAAAUGGGUGCUGCAGUUGGACAAGAUUGUGGACUAUUGGAGGAGGUAUCUGGGUGGAUAAAUGCAAAAGCCACAAUCCCUGUGUGGGCCAAGAUGACUCCCAACAUCACUGACAUUACGCAGCCAGCCAGAGUGGCAUUGAAAUCAGGGUGUGAGGGUAUUGCUGCUAUUAACACAAUCAUGAGCGUUAUGGGAAUCAACCUUGAUUCUUUACGUCCUGAACCUUGUGUUGAGGGAUACUCCACUCCAGGAGGUUAUUCGUCCAAGGCAGUGCAUCCUAUUGCACUAGGAAAAGUUAUGCAAAUUGCAAAAAUGACGAAGGAAGAAUUUGGUGAUAAGGAUUACUCACUCUCUGGCAUUGGAGGAGUAGAGACUGGUGGUGAUGCUGCUGAAUUUAUUCUUCUUGGAGCAAAUACAGUUCAGGUCUGCACUGGUGUGAUGAUGCAUGGCUAUGGCCUUGUGAAGCAACUCUCUGCUGAGCUGAAGGAUUUCAUGAGAAAGCACAAUUUCUCUUCAGUAGAAGAUUUCAGAGGAGUCUCUCUUCCAUACUUCACAACGCAUACAGAUUUGGUAAAAAGACAAAAAGAAGCAAUCCGGCAGAGGAAAGCAAUCAAGAAAGGACUGCAAUCUGAUAAAGAUUGGACUGGAGAUGGUUUCGUGAAAGAGACAGAGAGUAUGGUGUCCAAUUAAAAUCUUCAAUUGCAAUAAGCAUUUUUCUGACAAAUGUUCGAACUGUAUACAUUUUUCUAGAUCUGUAAUGGAAGUUGAUACUUGCUCUUUUCACUAUGCUGGAUCAAAAUACCAACUCUUUGAAUAUAGAACACAGGUGAAAAGUGAGGUAAAUGGAAUUCUCUUAUUAAUUUUUUAA